CAGCCUGGGCAACAAGAGCAAAAUUCUGUCUCAAAAAAAAAUCAUCUCUUUAGCUAUGAAGCCUGGGCUCCAGUAUUGGGUCUGGACUGGGUCCCAAAGUGUCCUGUGGUCCAGGAAGGGGCAUCCCUCUUGAUGACACUGCCUGUGACGUCCCUGGACUGUCAUGACAGGAGGAAGCAUUCAUUCAGUGCUUACUUUGGGAGACACUUCUGCUUCCAUAGUGGCUUCCACAGUGAACACAUAUUGUGUCCUCAGCCCAGUACCAGGCUCUGUGUCUCAGAGUUUAUUCUGUUUUCAGCAUGGGGGAUGUUGUACAUGGGGAAAUAGAGGCCUGGAAGUUAGCCUGAUGCUAUCGAUUAUAGAGACAAAUGAUAUACAGAUAUAGGGCAUGUACCAGCUGCCCUUGGAAGUGCCCGCUUGCAUCUGAUUUGUGUAAUCCUCAUGUCAGCCCAGUUUUCCUCCCUUUUCACAGUUCAGACAGGCUGCAAUUGAAUCAGGGGGCCGAUUCCUGACUGAGGCAGGGCUGAUGGCCUUUCCCGCCACACAGAGGCUGAGCAUGUCAGACGCCCCGACUCAAUUUGCCAAACACACCCUGGGUGCCAGUCCGGUGCUGGGAACUGCUGGGACCCCAAGGAGCCCCCCAACCUGGGGAAGACAGAGCCGGCCAGACACGAAAGAGGGUUUUUCAGAGGAAGGGACGCUGUCUUGCCAAGCUAGAUUCCCAGUAGUGGGAUCAGGGUGGGCGUGGUAGCAUGAGCCGGGCCAGGACGCUGGGUGGGUCUUGGGAGCCGCACUGAGAAGGGGUCAGUGCCCCGGGAGAGAGGAAAAGGAGGGAGGGAGUGAUUAGAUUAACAUGUUGGCAGAAAGGAGCCAAAAGCCUUGUCCCUGGCUCAAAAGCUGCCAACGCCCCGCCCCCGCCGCCCGCGGUCGUAGCAACGCCCCGCCUCUGCCGCCCGCGGCCCUAGCAACGCUCCGCCUCUCCGCCCGCGGCCCUGGCAGCGCCCCGCCCACUCGCCCGCUCGGGGUCCGCCGGCCUCGCUUCCGCGUCGCUCGCUCCGCCUCCCGUCAGGCCCCGCCCCCAGCAGGCCCCGCCCCCGCACUCGCCUGGGCGGAGUUCCCGUCCGCGCUCGGGGGCGCGCGCUUCCUUCUCGCCGCCCCCCUAACCCCGCAGCCCAGCGCGCCCCCAACCCUGCCUGGCUCCGCGGGGCUCCCGGGGCCGAUCCCGCCGCCGAGGUUCGCGCCCCGCCGCCGCCGGCUGCGCCCCCGCGCCUUCCCGGCCUCGGGCGGCGGCGGCGGCACAAAGGGAAGCAGCAUGUCCGACCCCAGCUACUGGACGGCGGUGGCGGCUCCCGGCCAUCGCAGCCGCCUGGCCAAGGGCGCGCUGCUGCAGCGCUCCAAGAGCUGCCGCAGUGGGAACCGCAAGAGCUUGGUGGUAGGAACGCCCUCCCCGACACUCUCCCGGCCCCUGUCGCCACUGUCGGUCCCAACGGCAGGCAGCAGCCCCUUGGAUAGUCCUCGGAACUUCUCGGCUGCCUCUGCCCUCAACUUCCCCUUUGCCCGGAGGGCAGACGGCAGAAGAUGGUCCCUCGCGUCCCUCCCAUCUUCCGGCUAUGGAACCAACACACCCAGCUCCACCCUCUCGUCAAGCUCAUCCUCCCGGGAACGUCUCCACCAGCUUCCCUUCCAGCCGACGCCGGACGAGCUGCAUUUCCUGUCCAAGCACUUCCGCAGCUCAGAGAAUGUGCUUGAUGAGGAAGGCGGCCGGUCACCCCGCCUCCGCCCCCGCUCCCGCAGUCUCAGCCCGGGCCGCGCGACAGGGACCUUCGACAAUGAGAUCGUCAUGAUGAAUCACGUGUACCGGGAGAGGUUCCCCAAGGCCACAGCGCAGAUGGAGGGCCGUCUGCAGGAGUUCCUGACGGCCUACGCGCCCGGCGCCCGGCUGGCGCUGGCUGAUGGCGUCCUGGGCUUCAUCCACCACCAGAUCGUCGAGCUGGCCCGAGACUGCCUGGCCAAGUCUGGCGAGAACCUUGUCACCUCCCGCUACUUCCUAGAGAUGCAGGACAAGCUGGAGCGGCUUCUGCAGGAUGCCCACGAGCGCUCAGACAGUGAGGAGGUCAGUUUCAUCGUCCAGCUUGUCCGGAAACUGCUGAUCAUCAUCUCACGGCCGGCUCGGCUGCUGGAGUGUCUGGAGUUUGACCCGGAGGAGUUUUACCACCUGCUGGAGGCGGCCGAGGGCCAUGCUCGGGAGGGCCAAGGCAUCAAGACUGACCUUCCACAGUACAUCAUCGGGCAACUGGGCCUGGCCAAGGACCCCCUGGAGGAGAUGGUGCCACUGAGUCACCUCGAAGAAGAACAGCCCCCAGCACCUGAGUCCCCGGAGAGCCGCACCCUGGUCGGGCAGUCACGGAGGAAGCCAUGCGAGAGCGACUUUGAGACCAUCAAACUCAUUAGCAACGGAGCCUAUGGGGCUGUCUACCUGGUGCGGCACCGUGACACGCGGCAGCGCUUUGCCAUCAAGAAGAUCAACAAACAGAACUUGAUGCUGCGUAACCAGAUCCAGCAGGUCUUUGUGGAGCGCGACAUCCUCACCUUUGCCGAGAACCCCUUUGUGGUCAGCAUGUUCUGCUCCUUUGAGACCCGGCGCCACCUGUGUAUGGUCAUGGAAUACGUGGAAGGCGGUGACUGCGCCACGCUCUUGAAGAACAUGGGCCCGCUGCCCGUGGACAUGGCCCGCAUGUACUUUGCCGAGACCGUGUUGGCGCUCGAGUACCUGCACAACUACGGCAUCGUGCACCGUGACCUCAAACCAGACAAGACAUUCUGCUUACCAUUCUUUUUUCUUGCCUCCCAGGUCUACAGCAGCUCUGAGUUCCUGGCUGUCCAGCCCACUCCUACCUUUGCUGAAAGGAGCUUCAGUGAAGACCGGGAGGAGGGGUGGGAGCGAAGCGAGGUGGACUAUGGCCGCCGGCUGAGUGCUGACAUCCGGCUGAGGUCCUGGACGUCCUCGGGAUCCUCGGGUCAAUCAUCUUCAUCCCAGCCCGAGCGGGGUCCCAGCCCCUCUCUCCUGAAUACCAUCAGCUUGGACACGAUGCCCAAGUUUGCCUUCUCAUCAGAGGAUGAAGGGGCAGGCCCAGGCCCUGCAGGCCCCAAGAGGCCUGUCUUCAUUCUAGGGGAGCCUGACCCACCCCCAGCAGCCACCCCAGUGAUGCCCAAACCAUCGAGCCUUUCUGCCGACACAGCUGCCCUCAGCCAUGCCCGUCUACGGAGCAACAGCAUCGGCGCCAGACACUCCACGCCGAGGCCUCUGGAUGCCGGCCGGGGCCGCCGCCUUGGGGCCUCGAGAGAGCCAGCCCCUGAGAAGUCCCGAGCCUCCUCCGGCGGCGGCAGUGGCGGGGGCCGUGUGCCCAAGUCGGCCUCUGUCUCUGCCCUGUCCCUCAUCAUCACGGCAGAUGACGGCAGCGGUGGCCCCCUCAUGAGCCCCCUGUCCCCACGCUCUCUGUCCUCAAACCCGUCGUCCCGCGACUCCUCGCCGAGCCGAGACCCGUCCCCCGUGUGUGGCAGCCUCCGGCCCCCCAUCGUCAUCCACAGCUCCGGCAAGAAGUACGGCUUCAGCCUGCGGGCCAUCCGCGUCUACAUGGGCGACAGUGACGUCUACACCGUGCACCACGUGGUCUGGAGUGUGGAGGAUGGAAGCCCCGCCCACGAGGCGGGCCUGCGAGCCGGGGACCUCAUCACCCACAUCAAUGGGGAGUCGGUGCUGGGGCUGGUGCACAUGGACGUCGUGGAGCUGCUGCUGAAGAGCGCCAACAAGAUAUCCCUGCGGACCACUGCCCUAGAGAACACGUCCAUCAAGGUGGGCCCCGCCCGGAAGAACGUGGCCAAGGGCCGCAUGGCGCGCAGGAGCAAGCGGAGCCGGCGGCGGGAGACCCAGGACCGGCGGAAGUCACUCUUCAAGAAGAUCUCCAAGCAGACGUCCGUGCUGCACACCAGCCGCAGCUUCUCCUCUGGGCUCCACCACUCACUGUCAUCCAGCGAGAGCCUCCCCGGCUCGCCCACCCACAGCCUCUCCCCCAGCCCCACCACUCCCUGCCGCAGUCCAGCCCCUGAGGUCCCAGCAGACACCACCGCGUCCCCACCCAGCGUCUCCCCGAGCUCCAGCAGCCCUGCCUCCCCAGCUGCUGCCGGCCACACCCGCCCCAGCUCCCUGCACGGCCUGGCCGCCAAGCUGGGGCCACCCCGCCCCAAGACUGGCCGCCGCAAGUCCACGAGCAGCAUCCCGCCCUCCCCGCUGGCCUGCCCGCCCAUCUCCGCGCCCCCGCCGCGCUCGCCCUCGCCCCUGCCAGGGCACCCGCCCGCGCCUGCCCGAUCCCCGCGGCUGCGCCGGGGCCAGUCCGCUGACAAGCUGGGCACAGGGGAGCGGCUGGAUGGGGAGGGGCGGCGCGGCCGCGGGCCGGAGGCCGAGCUCGUGGUGAUGCGGCGGCUGCACCUGUCCGAGCGCCGAGACUCCUUCAAGAAGCAGGAGGCCGUGCAGGAGGUUAGCUUUGAUGACCCGCAGGAGGAGGCCACUGCGCUGCCCGCCCCGGUGCCACAGAUCGCCGUGGAGGGCGAGGAGGCCGUGCCAGUAGCUCUCGGGCCCACUGGGAGAGACUGACCCCCCUGCCUGGUCUCUCCCUGGCCUCAAAGUCACGCGUUUUUUUGUGCAAUGUUUUUUUUUCCGUAAAGUCAUGCCUGGAUGGAGCCUGAGCCACCAGUCUGACACCCGGAAGGCGAGAAGCCAUCUCGGUCCUUGCUGGAAGGUGGAGACACGCUUCCCUUGUGUUCUGGUGUCAAUCAGGGGGCCGGACGGGGCAGGAAUGGGGGACAAGGGUGGCUUUGUAAAUAGCAGCAAAUCCCUGCAACUAAUUUAUUAUUUUUUUUUUUUUUUGAGACUGGGUCUCACUCUCACCCAGGCUGGAGUGCAGUGGCGCGAUCUCGGCUCACUGCAACCUCCGCCUCCCAGGUUCAAGAGAUUCUCCUGCCUCAGUCUCCUGAGUAGCUGAGAUUACAGGCACGUGCCACCAUGCCAGGCUAAUUUUUUUGUAUUUUUAGUAGAGGCGGGUUUUCACCAUGCUGGCCAGGCUGCUCUCGAACUCCUGACCUCGUGAUUCGCCUGCCGCGGCCUCCAGAAGUGCUGGGAUUACAGGUGUGAGCCACCGCGCCUGGCCUAAUUUAUUACUUUUUAUAAGCGAUAUCGGACUGAGCCACCCCUUGAAGGCGGCUGCCAGGUCUUGCCCCAGACACCUGGGACCCUGUUUGCAGGCCCUGCCCGCUGGGCUGAGAAGGAAGCACUUUGGACAAGUCAUCUGUGUUUGUGUUUUCUAGUUUUUCUGUAGUUUUUACGUAUUUUGUGUUACCAAGUCUCACUCCCCUCCCAAGACCCACCCGUUGAGGGGAUGGAGCCGAGCUCACCUGUACGGGUCCGUAAACGAUUCCCCUCACCCACAAAACAGUGUAAUCCCAACGAUGGACUGGACUCUGAAGGCCACUUCCCACCGUCCCUGCUAGAGUCUGCCUCUAAUCCUACUAGCUUCAGCCUGCAGAAGGGUUGUGGGAGCUGGGGCUUUGAUGGAUAAAUAGGUGUUCACCAGAUCUGGGCAGAGGGGUCAUCCGCUCCCCAGGUGGGCACUGAUGCAGGAAGGUGCAGUUCUCACCCGGCACUGCCAAGGCAGCCUCCAGAAAUGCUCGGCGUCCCGGGGCAUCCUCUAUUCCGCCAGUCCCGCAGGACUACGUUCGGCUACUUCCGGAAACACUCGGCGUCCCCUCUCCUUGGGCUCCGCCUCGGCCUCGCCUUGUCCCGUCUAUCCUGGACAAGAUGCCGUGUGUUUGAGGCCCGGCAGAGCGAGCCCUUGACCGUGAUGUGUCUGAAGCACCUGCUAGGGGUUCCCUCCCUGUGUCAGAGCCUCUCUGGGAUGAAGUUCAAGCCGGAAAACCCAGUCGAGGCUCAAGUUUGAAUUUCAGCUUCACUGUGUGGCUCUGGGAAAAUGGCUUUCCCACUCUGUGCCUCAGUUUCCUUGUGUUUACAAGACUAAUCCCAUUGACUGUUUAUUACGCACCUACUGUGUACCAAACGCUUUUACUCGUGGCUUCUCCCUCAGCCAGCCUUGAGAAGGCUGGAGGUGGCGUCAUCACCUCCGUUUUACAGACAAAACAGCUGAGACCCCAGCGAGGGGCAGAGACCUGGUCCCUCGAUCACCCGGCAGGAGUCGUGGCAAAGCAGACCAUAUCAGCCAGACCCCGUUGUGGGCACUGUCAUCAAGGGAGCUUGAAUGGAGGGUCUGGUGACAGAUGCAGCCGACUCCAGCCCCAAUCAUCCCCCAUGAUGCAGUGUGACCCACUGGGCACUCUGGUGAGGGAGUUUUCCAGACACCCAACAGCCCACUCUGCGUCCCUUUCUGAGUCCCCUGCGCAGCACUCCUUAGUGUUGGAGGGUAGACCAAGGCUGUGCAUGAUUCGCCCCCUCUUUCCAUCCUGGAGCUGGCAGUGAAUAAAAGCCCGUAUUUACAAAGAUGA